GCCCCUGGUGUUUUUUUUGCCCGCCCGCCGCUCUUACAAAAUAAUGUUAUCUCUUCCUUCAAUGGUAUUACCGGUAACUACGAUGGCCUCAUCCUCACAGUCCCUACCCCCAGCUGAAUUACCGACGUCCAUGAUGCAGGCUGUUGUUGUAGAAGGUCGUGAUCGUGGUGGUGGUACGGUGAUUGUGGCUGACGGCGUUGGGGCUAAUGUGUCAGCUAUCACGGGGUGUGCGAAAGACGCUGGGGGCAGGAUGGGCGGGAGGGGCGGCACUCGGGAGGAAGAAGGUACCAGUGAGAAUCACAGGUGACAUAAUUGAGCUCCGACCAAAUGGAGCCGAGCGGCUGACACGCCCCCUGAGUCCGUGUGGGAGGUAUAUGUAAAUUAUUAGAGGGAGGGAGGGUGGUUCUUGCAGAUAGGUUUAAACGUAGAAAUCGGGUCUGAUAGACCCUUUAUAGGCACCGAAAAGUCCUGCCUGAG